UCAAUAAUAUUUCGAACCCCGACAAUACUUCUGGCGCGUAUGCUUUGGCCACCUAUGUAAUAACGUACCAACGUUCCUCAUUCUUUCUCUCUUUCCUUCUCUCUCUCUCUUUCGGAGGCCUUCUUCUUCGUCGUCGUAGCUACGACGCUGCCGCUCAUUUGGCCUCACUACUCUCUUGACGGCAGGUGCAGUAGACUGCCACCAUGCUCUACUUGACGUCUGAUGCCUUUCCAAUCUUCGUGCCAUUCGGAGUCAUCGGCUUCUAUCGCUACCUGUGGUACAUCAUCCGUAUCAUUGCUUCUGUCACCUACCGCCCCGUUCCUCUCCCCGAAAACCCUACUUACGUGGCCUCGGAAGAUGUCACUAUCAUUGUACCUACCAUCGAUGCCGGUGAAGAAUUCAAAGAAGCAGCCAACAGUUGGCUAGCUGGCAAACCCAAAGAAAUCAUCAUCAUCACCGAAGAGAAAAUGCUUAUUCCUCUCCAAGAACUUGCCAACGCUGUUGACCCGGAUCAUAUUCGCGUCCUUACCGUCCCUUUCGCGAAUAAGCGGUUGCAGAUGGCACAUGGCAUUAAGAAUACCACGACAGACAUCAUUGUCUUUGCAGAUGACGAUGCCAUUUGGCCACCGACGCUCUUGCCAUAUGUGCUUGCAUGUUUUGAAGACCAGAAGGUUGGGGGCGUAGGCACGAGUCAACGCGUCCAACCCGUAGGAAAAAGCAUGACAGUCUGGGAAGUCCUCGCGGCAUUCCGUCUGACAAUCCGUAACAUCGAAAUUAGCUCCAGCACACACAUCGAUGGUGGUCUUCCAUGUCUCUCGGGCCGUACAGCUGCCUACCGAACGGUCAUCCUCAAAGACCCAGAGUUCCUACAUGGUUUCACGCACGACUUCUGGCUGGGCAAGUACCAGCUCAACUCGGGCGAUGACAAAUUCUUGACGAGGUGGAUGGUGAGCCAUGGAUGGAGUACCUAUGUCCAGUGCUGCAAAGAGGCAGAGUUGUUGAGCACGAUGAAGCCGAAUUGGAGGUUCUUGAAACAGGUGUUACGAUGGACCCGAAAUACCUGGAGAAGUGAUCUCCGGUCAUUAUUCAUGGAACGAUAUAUUUGGACCACACAUCCAUAUGUCGCAUAUACCAUGGUUGACAAGCUCUUUAACCCCUUCACUCUUCUAGUAGGACCCUGCCUUGUCGGGUAUCUUGUCUGGAAAAGUACCAUUGCAGUUGCAGAUGGAGGAUACCAUCUGCCUUGGUGGAACAUUAUCCUCUCAUACCUCGUAUGGCUUCUCGCAACCCGUACCGCUAAGCUCCUUCCGCAUCUCUGGCAUACGCCCAGUCACAUCAUCUACGUUCCUGCGUUCAUCCUCUUCGGGUACUAUUUUGCGAUCAUGAAGCUUUACGCCCUUUUCACGCUCCAUGAAACUGCAUGGGGAACUCGUGCAGGCAUUGGCGACCCGACGCAAGCGACAGCUGCCACGGACGCUGGUGGCAUCGGUGUUAGCAUAGUACAAGAAAAGGCCUAUUUUGAUGCGCCUAAUUCGCCGACGCCGUACUCAGGCCGUCAGUCACCGUACCAGCAGCCAGCAGCAUACGGUGGGCAGUCCCCGUAUGCGCGAUAAUAGUUAUGAAUGUGAUGAGAUCAUGACGCAUGGGCAAUUGCAGCACAGACACUUUCAUACACCAGCUCGGUCACUGUAGAGCGGAACAAUGUUAUGGUAGAUCCCCUUCUCGAGUGGUGAACCUCAUUCCAUCCCACCCUCGUGUCUCUAUUCCCCGCAA